ACUACGUCAGUGGGGACAAAGCAGCUCUGUGACCCCGCGGGGUGACACCAGAGCGCGGGAGCCCCAGAGACCCCCGACCCGAAGCGUUCCUCCCCCCGCACACCCGAGGCUCGGCUCCUUGCCCAGCAGCAGCACCUAGCGGCCGUUUCCCUGCGCCUGAUGCAGCAGGAACGGCUUAGAAAGAGCCGCCGACUUCGGGAGUUUUCCGAGACCCCGCCCCGCCGUUCCGCGGAGCGCCGCUCCCCGAGGAAGUUUGUCCCUUCCGCCGCUCCGUCCGUCCCCAUGGCAACGGCACCCGGCAACAUGGCGGCCGCCGGCAGCCCCAGCGUCUUCAUGGUGGCCGUCAACGGGCAGAUCGAGAGCGGGCAGUUCCCCGGGUUUGACGACCUCUACUGCAAGUUCUGCUUCGUCUACGGCCAGGACUGGGUUCCGGCAGCGGGCCUGGAGGAGGGCAUCUCCCAGAUCACCUCCAAGAGCGACGUCGCACCCACCACCUUCGUCUGGAACUUCCCCAUCGACAUUACCUUCAAGAGCACCAACCCGUCUGGCUGGCCGCAGAUUGUAGUGAGCGUCUAUGGACCUGAUUUCUUUGGAAAUGAUGUGGUCAGAGGUUAUGGAGCCGUGCACAUUCCCUUCACGCCAGGAAGGCAUAAAAGAACCAUUGCUAUGUUUGUUCCGGAGUCCACAUCCAAGCUGCAAAAGUUUACAAGUUGGUUCACGGGGAGACGUCCAGAAUUUACUGAUCCAAAAGUGGUAGCACGGGGAGAAGGAAGAGAAGUAACGAGGGUACGAUCUCAAGGCUUUGUCACCAUUUCCUUCAACGUCGUGACUAAAGAUAUGAAGAAGCUGGGCUAUGAUGUGAGCCCAAGUGACAUGCAGAACCCCUCUCUGGUGCCUGCGACAGAAAGGAUUCUUAAGUAUUGAACUCAGAAGUGAGAUGGUCAAAGUGCAUGCAGCAGGAAUGUUAAGUCAGGGCCUGAAGCAGUGCUUGAGAAGGCAGGGCCAACCCAGGAGAGCUCAGGUGUGUGCAAUGUCCCUGCGUGACCAGAAGGGAUGCAGCCAGGAUCCACCCCUUCCCAGACCACAUUUAAGGGUUGGCAGUGGAAGCAAAGCUAUCUUGCUGGAGAUUGCUGUCUACCUUCCAAAGGUAAGCAGCUUUUCUUCCGUUGUUUCUGCAUCCUGUGCUGCUGUAUUUGGGUUUGUUCUCACUUGCUGCAGCCUAAGACUUCGCUGCUCAGCUAUUAUUGCUGUACUUUCCAUCACAUUAUAGCGUUACAGUGCAUGACAGAAGCUCUGAAGCUGUUCUCAAAUGCCUUCAGUGUGAGGACACAAAGCUGCUCCUCAGUCUGAACAGCUUCUUUUCUGACAUCUUACCACAGCCUUUCACUGAAUCCUCCUAUAAGCUACUGUUAAUGCUCUUCCUGUGGGCUGAACAAACCCCACUGUCUAUGUGUUUUGUUUCUGUCUUUCAGCUGCCUAAGAUUUGUUUUUGUUUGUGCCAGCAUGGAUGUUUCUAAGUCCUGAAUCAUCCAAGGUAUCAAUUGUACCUAUAAGAACAGUAUAAAAGUAUAUGCUGUGGUAAAAUGACUAAUUGCUUAGUCAUCUCCAUAUUUACAUGUGGACAUGUAACCUCAUGUGUUUUGAAUGCGUGUAUCAGGAGGUAACUGUGAGAAGGGCUUACAGUGAUACCACCCUGUAAGUGAACUACCAAGACCUUGAAACUGUGGGAAUGAAGAUACACAGUGUUGAGGUGCAGAGCUUCCAAAAUGAAUACCAAGUAAAGCAGCCAGUUAGAUGUGGUUAUUUCACGCUGUGCAGUGUCACCAAAUAAAUAUAAUUUCUAAAAUGAUAACAUGAGCACUGGGAUUUUAUUGUGAGCAUCUGCAUCUUUUGUAAUAUUGAGAAAUACUUCUCCAAGUGGGAUUACAGCUCUUUUUCAUCUCUUUGCUUUUAUCCUGGCAUGUUUUUGUUGGUGGAUCCCUUAACUGGUUUUACACUUCUAGUAGUUUUGGCAAUUGUUGUAAUCUCUCAGCUGAGUCACACUGGAAUCAAUAGUAAUAAGAAGUAUUUCCUGCUGGCUCAGAAGAGAUGUGAGGAAUUUUGUUUCCUUUUUAAAAGUAUUUUGGAAGUAGUUAGUGACAGUAGCAGGAUAAACUUGUGUGUGAAAGACCUGGAACGCACAUUACCAGCUACCACUGCUUAAAUACCUCUUUUCCCUUGAGCACAGUUACCUGCCCCCAUUCCAAUCAGAGCACAACUGCAUAACAGAGAUUCUACUCAUGAAAAAAAUACAGUUAAAAGCAGACGAAAUCCAAACUCCAUGCUCAGAGGGCUGCAGUGAAUUUACCUGCAUACAGCUUCACACAUUGCUACCAUCUGAAGUGAUACCUGAUUGAAAGGUCUUAAAACAUGUUUAGUGAAUGGACACUUAGCUGGAGGAACUCUUCAGUCUCACACAGUCUGCUCCUUAUGCAGUGGCACGUGUGGGGGUGAUGUUUUCAAUAACAGCUUCCUGAGUUCGAUGCCAUCUGUUUCUUCAGAAAGACAACUGUUGAUCCAUCUAAUAAACAUGUUCUUCUCCCCGAGACAGGCUUGCUGCUGCCUUUAUGAUUUUCUGGACAACUGUCUCAGUUUUAAGUCUCUGCUACUCAGCCAUGGCAGAGGGUUUGCAGCUGUUUCACACUGGAGAGAUUCUCUGCUCUCAUGACAAAAGAACAGAGACAUGAUGCUGUGGCUGACAUUAAUAAGGAAGGGAUUUAUGAUCUGUAAGUGUUCACUGCAGUUGCUGUUAAUAUAUGAAAGGUUAAAGAACCCAUGCUUUGAGAACAGCCAAAACCCAGAAAAAAAGAAAAAAGUUGUUGUAGUGGAGGCCCAAAGUAAUUUCCUUUCCUCCAUGCUCCAGGCAGCUGUUCCCACCCUCUUCAUUUACUACUUAAUCAUUUUCCCUUCUCCAACCCUGGACUGAAGUUCCCAGCGCUUGUAACACAGAUGGUGGUACAAAGCUGUCAGCUGGCACUGCAGCCUCUGCUUUGUUCCACUUAAAUCUCUCCCAGACAGUGAAAUUGGCCAUUAACCUCUUAAUUCCACAUAAAGAGUUUUUCCUGCUUAUUUCCAACUUGUGUUCAGCUACCCUGCAGGUGGUGGGGAUGUUGGAAUCUAACACAGCAAUGACAGUGCACGUGGGGGAUUUUUAGUGAAUAUGCAGAUCCCAAUACAGUCCCCCCACUAUUCUUGCCAGGCAGACAAUACCAAAAACAACAGAGGAUGGAGAUUGUUGCUGCUCCACACAGAGCAGGGAACAGAUCAAACUUCACCUGGAAACAAUCCCCUUGUGGAAAGGGCUCAGGACCAACUGUCCUUGUGUUGUGGGAGAGCUUUCCUGCUUCCACCAAGGUGGAAGCUGCCCUGGAAGUAGCAAAAGAUGCAGUCUGAAUACUGACUUGAAAACCUGUCAGAAAUGUAUUUGCAGCUCUGGCAAAACCAGAAACAGCAACAUCAGCUCCUGCCCUCUCGUGGCAGUUCUGAGGAGGAUGUUAGAGAUCUCUAAUAACAGUUAGCUAAUAGCACUACAUGAAGGACACCUGAGUCAUGCCCCCAUGGAGAACUGCUCCAUGCUGUGGUGCCAGCUGCCUUGGUCCUCAGGUUGCUGAGGCUGUUUUGCAACAGCACUAAUGAAGCAGCUAGAAAUUAUCUCCAUCUGAAAAUGAGUGCCUUGCAGACAGAUUCAAGCUGCCAAGUGCUUCCCUGCAGCAGUGCUGGUUACAGAACAGGAGCCUUCUGAGGUACAAAACAGACUGAAAGAAAGUCAAGUUUCAGCUCCAACUCUGCCCAGCCCUACCACUGGCAGCAUUUCAGCCCAGCACAAAGCAGCCCCAGGAUGGCCCACCUGGGCCUGGCAACAUCAUGCCAGGACUCCCUCCCUCCAGCCCUUUCCCAUUUCCCCAGCAGCACUGGUAGAUGGCACCGAGCAGCAGAGCUUCUGCAGGAUGGCUCCAAAGCAUCCCUUGUGCUCAAGGUUUGCGAUGAUACAUUUCCAGUACCCAGCUAUCAUUGUAGCACAGACAUUAGAAAGCAUCUUUUGGCCACUGAAGCCAGGACAAAGGCCAUGCUGCAACAGCACAGUGAGAACAGGAGACUUUCCCUGCUGGAUGCAAACGUUUUGGUCUCUUGUCCUUCAGAAGGAAGAGUAGCAGUAGCAUCUAGAUGCAGGCUUCUAUUUUUAUACCUCUAUUCAGGUCAAGAUAUUUAAGUAUCCAAAUUCACCUCAGAGAAUAUCACUACAUUUAGUGCUAGACUUGCUGAUGAAGAUAUAUUAAAAAAAAAAGAAAGAGAGAAAAAAAUAAAACACCACCACCCAACACAAUACCAGCCAGUCCAAGGUCUCCCAGGUAAUACAUCAUUACACCAAGUCAAAAACUGGUUCCCUUCAGCUUGGCUACCCCUCUGAUUUGCACUCCCCACCCAAAAAGCCCUUACAGAAAACCAGUGACCCCCACUGAUUUCUACAGAAUCCAUGCUGAGAAAACAAACUCCACCUCUACUCCUGCUUUAAUCCAGCCACUUGAAAUAGCAUUGAUUUUUUCACCUGAGGAUGGAAAUGCACUUGCUUAACCAGUGGCACAAGCAUUGAGAUCAGCUCAGUAAUACACCCAGGCUGCUUUGUCUGUGACCUGCUGUGUAUCUGCUCCUUCUGCAAAGGGAGGCCAAGUGCCUAUGCUCUGCACCACAGCUGCUGGCUAUGGAGAUGUUCAGAUGCAUUAGAAAGACCCUGCACUUCAACAGCAAUGUUUGUAUGUUUCCAUGCAUGCUAUAGCCAGCAGUUCUGCCACUGAGGACUCCACCAGCAAGCGUGGAUCAUUCACUCAUGACUGAAAGUUGCAUCCACUGGUUGUGUUACACUGGUAAGGUGCCAGUGUAUUCCCUAUUGAUCACCACACUGCCACCAAUCAGCCACCCUAAUAGGUAAUGAGCAGGGAAGUUUAAGGCGCCAAAGGGAACAGACAGGGGGCAUUUCUAAUCGUUGAAGCCUUAAGUCUUCAACUAUUAGAGGGUAUAAUCGAUUGACACUAAGAGACUGGAUUGCUACCACCAUAUAUAACACUGGCUCUCAGUUAUUUAUAACCCUAAGCUCCAAAACCAUCUGCUGUCUUUACAAAAAUCAAUGUUCAUUUGUGUCCCAGUUCAAAAUACAGAGAGGACAUUACCUGGAAGGCAGACAAUAGCUACGUUUUUUAGAAAGCGGAAGUUUUCAGCAUGAGGGACUGCAUAAAUCAAGUCUGGUUCUCAGAAAAGUGGAUUGCUGGCAGUUGCAGAAGUCUUGCCAAAGCCAGAGCACAAGCUGGCCACAAGCAUUUCCCCACAGUUCACUGAAAAUGAGCGGAAGAGCAAAGCUUGCACCACUCGCAACCCAGGACAAACAAGAGGUAGUGGCAAUGUACACACUCAGCAGAAAUACUUGGCACUGCUGGCAGGGCAAGCCUCUAGACAAUACUUCAUCCAGAUAGCCCUCUUCCUCCCCAAAAGCAGGCAAAUACCACCCUGAUUCACAGAAGAGGAAGAGGAAGCCUGUGGCAGGGAGAAGGCAGCCUGCCCAAGGUCAGAGGAAGCACAGGCACAGCCACAAUCUCUCCCAGCAGCAUUAUCAGCUCUGCCCUCCUCCAACAGUCCCUUUGGCUCACAACAGGCUGCAGUAUUCAGCUCGAGUUUUAUAAAGUCACCACAAAAGUUUCCAUUUCAAACCUUUCCAAAAUCUUUCCUGUAGCAAGCAGCACUACUUCCAAAAUACAUACAAUUUCAAGAGGCCAGAGAAAGAACAGUGAAGCAGCACUGAUCACUCAGAAGAGAAUGGCCAGAGGAGCAACAAUAUUGCACAGAGAGGAACUGUUCUGCAUAGGAGCAGAACAUGAGCCACAGAACAUCCGUCUGGAAAAAUGAGAGCUACAAAAAACAAAAGGUGUUAUGGUUGUCGUUUGUGGCAACAGAAGUUUCUCUCUCUUCCUUCCAGGCCCCCAAACAGAAGCAAAAUGAAUUAAAGACCUGACCAGAGGCGAACUUGCUCUCCAGGGAAACUGGAGUGCUACAGAAGCAGUGGGUUUGUGAAACACCCACAGUUCUGUGCCACAAAUCCAAAACAGAAUCGCUCACAGACCUGAUGCUUCUUUCCACGCCUGCCUCACCAGCUGCCAGGUCUCUAGCACCACUGCAGUUUCAGCACUAGAAAUUAUUUGAUUGCUGAUAAGUCUGAUUGGCAGCGAAGUACAGCUACAGGAAAACUGGGGGAGCUCUGGAGAGGCAGCUCUUGAAAUAGCCUGAUAAUGAAGUACCUUCCAUUUAAAGGAUCCCAAAUUAGAAGCCGAAAUCACCUCCCAGCUGGAGGCAAGCUCACUGCUGCCCAGCACAGCGCAGCUCCAUUGAAGGUGCAGAGCCAUGGCUGCAGGAAGGGCAAGGCUGAACCUUUUGUUUGAAGGCAGGAGGCAAAGGCUCCAGAAGUCAGUUCUGUCACAGCUCCCCCAACCCUUAUUCCACAAGUGACUAGCUUCACAAGUAAAGUUCUCCCCAGCCUUCUGUCUCAACAUUAAUACUGAAGCCUCUGCAGGGAAAGUAGCAUAUCAUUCCUCCAAAAAUGCUGUUUGAACGGUGAUGUGGUUUAAAGAAGCAAUUCAGUCACCUGCAACACAAGUCUUCCAUUUUUAUUGAGUUAGUAAGGUCUCAACUGAUUCUGAAUUAAGUGGUCUGUAAGAAACCCUCCUUUCUCAUAGCAAGAGCAGGCUUGCCCCAGGAAAGCCAUGAAUUCAUCAAAGGAAUCACAUUGACAAUAUACAAGAAGCAUCACUCAAUAACCAUCAGACUUCUCCUAGAGCCUUGGACUUUCAAGCACAAACCUUCAUCAUCUCGACCAACCCAUCAACUUCCUUGAAAACUAAAUCAAGCAUGGCAGUUUGGAACAGGAUACAAACACUACGCAGAGUCUGGAAAAAGCAACACAUCUGGAAUAUAAGCAAUACAAUUUUAAUUCUGACCAGUCACCUACAAACCCCUCGUCUUUCCACUGUUCUGAUGGCAUUAUUAAAUAUCACAUUCGUGACAUCGCUCGGGAAAAAUGACACAAAGAUACAGACAUUAUGAUACAAUAGUAUCAAUGAUAAAUUAUUUAUACAGUAAAUAAUGUCAAUAGUCAGCACAAAUUCAUAAAAAGCAGCCGGCUCCCAGUAUUAUGAAAACAGUUUGGUAAAUAUUUAAAUUGUAACACUUGUAAAGGAAGUGAGUCUUGUGAGAUUCUGCUGUGAAAAAUAAACCAUAUAUUUCUCCACAAUCUGUGCAAUAUUAAUACAUACAGUACACAUUAGAAACUGUAACAGCAAAAGGGAAGAUGGAUAACAAUAGUUGUCUUAGCUACGGGACUUCAAAAAGACUGUAAACACCACAACCCACCACAGUUUUCCUUCCCUGUCCCCUCAAUGUAGUUUAGUUUCUAUAUAGUAUAAAACUGAAUAAAUAAACUGAGCUUAUUUUGGGUUUAAAAUUAUGCCAAGAUUUUUUUUUUUUUUCUUUUUACAAAAUAAUUAACACUUUAUCUUUGGUCAAUUUGACCAGUAAGGCUAUUCUGGGAUACUAACAUUUAAAAAAAAAAAAAAA